CCAACGACAGGUGCCACGACCUCUUACAUGGCGGAAGAAAGUUCAAGACAUAAGUGAGAAAAAUGACAGUUUUUACCAUCUUUGUUGGAAUUCUAGUAUCAGGAUGUUAUUGUUUUUCACUACCAGGUCUGCAAAAUGUCCAGACAGAUGAUAAUUUCACUAAAACUUUUGGAAUUAUACCAGGAAAAAACAUAUAUAAAAAGACAGAUCCAAAUCAUUCAAUCGACACAGAACAACUUGGGGAACAUGUACUCUCGUCCCAGGAAAAAGUUCCCACUUCCGUCUCAAAUCAUGGUAGUCUUGCAACAACGCUGAAUCAACUAUCUGGUAUGUCGGCACUUCAGUUGCUGAAGAUUCUAGGAGUACAACUUGGAAGUAAUGCACCUCUCAACAUCAAUACAAACGCCAUUAUCCAUCGACAGCCACAAAACAAUGUUCAAAAGCAGCAAUAUUAUACAGGAGAACCAUUGAAACCAACAAUGAAAACACUUUCAAACUAUGGACAAAAAACCGGAAGUUUUAUGCCAAUGCUGGACAAACAGAUCAAAGGUUAUGUUUCUACUGAAACUGAUAACAACAUUUUAAGUAAACCACAGCAAAUGAGCAAUGCUGGAAAGUCAAAUACUCAGCAACAAGUGAGUCCAGUUUUCAUGAUGACGUCGGGAAUGGGUGGAAUAAGCUUCCCUGAUACGUCUUCAAUACAACAGCCAUCUGGUUCUACUCAUGAAGAUAAUAAAGCUAAAUUGUUUGACCCUGAUGCUCUGAUGCAAGAAAUGAUGAGCUCCUCUUCAUCCUCACUAGGUGCUGGGAAAUAUAUGGUAAAACAGAAUGUUUCUCCACAAAAUUGGGCACCUAAUCAACAGAACCAUAUGCAAACGAAUACCAAAAACAGUCCAGGCACGUUUAAUUCUAUGCAUGGACAAACAUCUAUCAACUUCAACCCCGAUUCAUUCAACAACGUAAAAAUGAAUUUUCAACCAGAUGCACUCUUGCUAUUUGUUAAUAAAGAGACACCACAUAUAAGUAACAAACUUACAUAUAAUCCUGAUAUACUUAACAACUACCAUGGAAAGUUUAAACCUGGACAAAUGUUCCAAGUUGAAGAUAUGAAUACGCCGCUACCACCUGUACAUCAAAGUUUAUUCAAUGCCGACACUUUAAACAAAAAGUUGAUGAGCAGUGUCAAAAAUUCAGAGGACCCAAAUCCUAACAGUGAAAACACAGCAACUUCAUUGGAGUCCAAAAUUGUCCCGCAACCGUCAUUGAAGAAAAUGUCAGGCUUUGUACCUGGCUUACUUUUUCCUGGGUUUAAACCUGAUAAUGAUGAGCGAGGGAAUCACUUUUCGGAAUAUGACACCAACUUUGUAGAAAGAGCAGAGGACAUUAAGAAAAGCACCAAGCCUAGAUAUGCUUUUGUAGAUAUGUUAUCAGAUUUACCAGCAGACCCUGACUAUUCAGUUAAUCAGGGAAACCAAACAAAUCAAACUGCAGUUGCACCAACUGGCCAAUCAGAGACAACAAUUACAGGCAGUAUGGACACAACAACUCAAGGGACUACUAUAGUGCCCACAACUUCAACUGAUAUGCAUGAAAACCAUAGUGAGCCCGGUAAAUUUAUGCCUGCUCAGUCGAACAGCCCUCAAAAUGGGUUUGUUCCUGGUUCUUUGACAGGAGAUGGCCGAACAUUACAAAUGAUGGUAAAUAAAGGAAUGUAUAACCCUAACGUGGUCAAUCAGCAGGCUUUCGUAAUGAAUAACAAUCAGAAUACAGGAUCGUCAAAUGUCAACAAUAACACAACGCAUCAGACGUCGAAUAGUUUCGGGAUGACGUUUAAUUUUAAUCCUUCGUCAGUUAACCAAGCAAAAAUGAGUUUCAACACUAAUCAGCAAAUUGGAAUGGAUGGUUCGAGUGGGUCGACGUCAAACAACUACAAUACAUUUUAUGAUCCAAAUAAAGUAAAUCAAAAUUCAUAUAUCAACCCAUUCGACAAGGCCCAGACGAAUAUGAACAACAUGUCAACAGGGCAGUAUGAUAAUUCACAGUUCUUAGGAAAUUUUGACGCUAACCAGGUAAACAGGGGGAUUAUGGGAAAUUCAAGAAAUAGUACGCAAAAUAGUAUGCAUUCUGGGUUUGGUGGACAAUUUAACCCAACAGAAGUAAAUAAAGCAUAUUUUAAUCCAAAUGUGGUAAAUAAAGAGAGAAUGAACUUUAACCCUUCUAAAAUGUUGGAAUCUAAUGCUGGCUAUGACAAGAAAACAGCCGAAAGUUAUACAUUUGAUCCGAAUAAAGUCAAUGAUAUACAUGUGAAUUUUAUUCCUCCUUUUCUUCAAGACAAUAAAAACUCAAGUACAGGGAACAGUUCAGGUUCUGGAUUUAUCCCUGGUCUUCUGUCUGGAGGUAAAGAUAAUAGUGGUGUGUUUGAUCCGAGUAAAAUGGAGGCUGGCAUGUUGUUUAAUCCAAACGCAAUGAUGAAUACGAACAAAAAUACGACAGAAAAUAGAGGCAACUCAGAUAAAAGUCAAACGAAUAUGAUGUUUAAUCCUUCAGCUAUGAUCGGUAACAUGAAGGGUUUGAUCUCGGGAGCAAGUUUUGAUCCAAAUGCAGUAAACAAAAUUAACAUGAAUUUCAGUCCUAAUGAAAUGAUGAAACAAGUCGCUGGAAGCGACGAAGGGACAACCAGGACCAAUAAUUCUGUAAUUGGUUAUGGAAACGAUGAAAAAGUUAAAUAAAGACUGUUAUCGAACAAACACAAGAAUAGAUUUUAUGUUUUUUUCUUUCUCACUUAAACAAUGUGUU